GGUUCUGCAGUGAGCAUUACUUGGCAUUUCAUGUUUUUCUGUCUUACCUGAAUAUCAGGACAAAGGAAUCAGGGUUCAGUGGAAAACAAAGACAAACUCGUUCAAAGCUAAUUUUUGGAGAAAUUUGUUUCUGAACAGACAGCAGAUCUUUGUGAUUUUUAGUGUGGUGAUUCAUUUUUAAACCACUACUCAGAAAGUGAAAGUAAAGUUUAGAUUGCUGGAGCUCAAACGGUGAAAAUGGAUUCACCAGAUGAAUAUGAUAUUAUUCGUCUCCUGUGCUGUGAAAUCAAAAUUGAUCCAGUUGUUCUGUCAUGUAGUCACAGUUUUUGUAGAGUGUGUCUUCAACAGUUCUGGAGAACCAAGGAAACUCAGGAGUGUCCUCUCUGCGGGAGAAGAUCCUCAAGUGAUGAUCCUCUUUGUGAGGAGCUCUGCAGUUUACACCGUGAGAAACUUGAUUUCUUCUGUCUGGAGGACAAACAGCCGGCGUGUUUAGUGUGCAGAGAUUCACAGGAACAUGUCAAUCACACAUUCAGACCCAUCAGUGAAAUGAUUUCAUCGUUUAAGGAGGAGCUCAUUACAGCACUGAAACCAUUGCGAAAGAAGCUUAAAUCUCGUGAAUACAUUCAGGGAAACUGUAAAGUUGAGCACAUCAAGUCUCAAGCUGAUCAAACAGAGCAUCAGAUUAAACAGCAGUUUGAGAAGCUUCAUCAGUUUCUCAGAGAUGAAGAAGAAGCUACAAUCACUGCACUGAGGGAGGAAGAGGAGCAGAAGAAGCAGAUGAUGGAGAAACUGAACAGAGACGUCUCAGCUCUUUCACACACAAUCAAAUAUAUGGAGGAGAUGAUGAAAGCCAAUGACGUCUACUUUCUAAAGAAGUUUCCAGACUCAAUGGAAAGAGUCCAGAUCUCACCACAGCCGGAUCCAGAAAUUUUGAUUCAUGUGCCGCGUUACUUGGCAACCUGCCCUUCAGAGUCUGGAAGAAGAUGCAGGACAUCGUCCAGAACACUCCUGUGAUUCUGGAUCCAAACACGGCUCAUCCAGAUCUCAUCAUUUCUGAAGAUCUGACCAGUGUGGAAUACAGAAUACAUUGUGGAGCCAUUGAGCGUCUUCCUGAUAAUCCAGAGAGAUUUGACUAUUAUCC